AUGGAAGCAAAAUUGUUGCUAGAAUCUAACAUACAUAGUUCUACACCCUCUGACCGCUGGGGCGGUCCGCUCCUGGAAGAUGGUCUCCGGGAUGCCCGCCAGGACCUCAGCUCUGGGCGGCAGACUGCACUCAUACGUCCGAGCGUAUACCAUGAGCACUGUUGUAUGAAAGGGAGUGAAAAUCGGGACGAUGAUACAAUUCGGCAAGCUGGAACGGCCGUUGCGGACGACGAGUCGGGGUUUGAUCGUACGAGAACACUGGUUGGAACUGGGGACCUUAUUUGGUGUCUGAAUCAGGAGAGAAGAGUCUUUUCAAGUCGGGAGGGUAUUGUGGAUAACUGGAAAUGGGCACCACAUCAAGAUCUCGAGGAGAUCCCUUUCAACACCACGACGCGAUUGUUUCUACCCUCACGGUCUCUCAACGAUGGCACAGGCCUUGAGAACGUUGAAGAGACCUUUGAGCAACGUAUCGAGAGUGUCGUGCGAGAAAUGGAUCUGAUUUCAACACAACGGACGUGCGCGUCUGAGAAAAAUCCCCGUGGAUAA